AUGGGCUGUUCUCCAUCCAAAGGAAAGUUAUUUUCAAAGCCAGAAGGCCCUAGUCCUCAAAAGGCUCUGCUGGCUGAAGCGCCACAAGAUGGUGUUGAUUCAAGACCUGAAGAGGAGAGGGAUAAAUGUUUCGAGACUGAUGAGAAAGAAAAUGAACUUCCUCGACCCACUGAAGAACAUUCUACAAAAGACACUGCAUGGUCUCAGAUGGACUGCGACACAACAGAUGCCCAAAACACAGAGGACAUUAAAGAAACAGAGGUGAAUGUGAUGCCCCAAGAAAUAGUCCAUGAGGUUCUACAAACAGAUAAGAUUAAAAAGACAGAGAAAAGAAAGAAAAAUAAAGGGAAGAGAAGGUCUACUGACAAGCACAGAAAAUCCUCUAUCAUCCAGAAAAAGGUUGACUUCCCACCACACAUGGUGAAGGCUCACCAGGCAGCCUAUGCCUAUUUAAACCCAAACAUCUCUAAAUAUGAGACCCUGUUGGGCCUGCUAGACCAGGCCGCCCAGACACAGCUUGCUCUCCAGCCUGCAAUGUCUGCUUUGGUGUUCCGGUUCGAGGAGAUCAACCAAGCUUUAGAAGAGAUGGCUGAGGAGGGGGAGCUCAUGUUGAAGGAGCAUGGGGACUACAUGGCCUUGCCUUCUGGGAUGCUGGGCCCAGUCGUUAUGCCAGCUAAAUCUAUGACUGAUACAGCCAACCCUGCAAAUCCACCUCCAGAUCUGUUACAGCAACUGCUCAAGCAUUCAACAGAGAAAAUGAGACUUGUGGGGGGCUCGGUCCAGGCACUGGGUGACACCACGCUUGAAGAGGCGGUGGAGUAUUUUUCUUCCGUCUCUAAACUGCUGAUUGACAAGCUGCAGGCCAAGCAGGCAGCGGAGCAAAGGCUGACUCAAGUGCUGGCGCGGGUGGAGGGGGCUUCCAUGAGGAAGUCUAACCCAGAGGAUUCUGCACUGCACAGUGAGGACAGCGGUAUCGGGGGAGAAAAUGAGAGUCUGACAGGGUCUGAGAGGCACCGCCGCCACCGCGGGAGUGCCGGAUCUGGAAGUUGUGGAUCUGGAAACAACAUUCGAGGUGCAUCUGAUAUUCUGCACAGUAAUUUACCCAACCUGGAAGGUUAUAAUGAAGAUGAUGAAGAGGACGAGGAGGACGAUGAUGAUGAUGAUGAUGAUGAUGAAGAGUAUGAGGAUGAUGAAAGGGACAGGCCUGAAAGGAAGAGGUCUAACUCUUCCCCACCAGAUCCCAGCCAACCUCUUCUUUUCAUGUGUGCAAGUUACAUACAGGAUCGGCAGCCUACAGUCAAACGACCCCUGACUGCUAUCUCUGUAAACAAACCUGAACACUCUACAUCCACCAGGUGUGUAAACACAAUGAUUGAGCUACAAAAGAGCCAGAGGGACUUGGAUCAACGAAUGAAGAAGAUGGCUGAAAUCCGAGGAGAGAAAGAGAUAGCAGGGCCUCAUUAUAACCUGUAUAGAGCUGGACUAAGACGGCAUUCAGUAAGUGGAUCAGCUCAAAAAGGCCCCCUCAGAAUAAAUCAGUCACCUGGUUCCUUACCAAUGUUAACACCUCAACCACCCAAGCACCAAUCAGUCAGAAGGCUGAUAAAUACCUUUAGCCAAGGGGUUGAUGGUAGACCAGGGCAGAGCCUUGCUAAUAUUCCACCUCAUAUCAGGAGGCCCAGGAAAAGUGGGAUCCUUCAGUCAUCUGCCACAGUGAAUAGUAAUGAGGGGGGGUUAGUCAUCAAUGGCAACAAUAAUAACAACAGCUGGCCUGAAGGGAGGGAUGACCUAGAUGUAGACAACCUACCACCUCCGCCGCCAGAGGUCCUCAUGGACAAUUCCUUUCAGAGUACUGAGGGCAUACCAGGAAAUAAGGAAGGGUCACAGGAAGAUUCAGUUGUACAUCUUCCAAUAAUAAACCAAAAGAGUGGCGUCUCCCAACGCCUAAAGUCAUCUGUGCAGAAUGUUGAACUGCUGCCAAACAGAGCCAGCAUGAAGCCAAGAUCGAUCAGUAUCUCUUCUGCCCGUCCUGUCAGACAGGAUGCUGUUACAGGAGCACAAGAUACAGAGCAGCAACCAGAAACUGAUCUGGAUCCAGAAAUGGAGAAGGUUAACUGUCACUAUCAACAGGCACGUAAGAUGAAUCACCCGCACAAUGCAGGGGAACCUCCUGAUAACAGAGAUAUUACAGAACUAAGCGGAAGAGGAACUUCACCUAUUCAAAUUAGAAUGAGCCAGAGAUCUGGAAGCAAUGACUUCACUGAGGGGGAGAUGUCCACUUACAGCCUACCUAUAACAGCACCCCCUGUUUCUAGAGUCCGCCUACCACCAUCUUGUCCUUCUGUGUGCCACAGAUUCCCAAGCCCUCCUGUGUUCAGACCUCAGUCUGCCUCAAAGCCCUCAUCCCGCCCAAGUUCUCCAAGAACGGUUACACGUGCCACAGAUAACAACAUUGAAGAGAUCAUUCCAUCUGUGUCCUUUCGAGAUGCCCGCUCAGUUUUCUGUCGAAAGGACUCUAAGACCUGCAUCCCUCCUGGAAGUUCUGUACUUCCCAAACCAUGGGGUGAGGCCUCCCGGGGCAGACUUCCCACGAGAGGGAUAGACAACAAUGCCCGUCGCACCCAAUCAGAACAGAGGCCUAGUGUGACUUCCUAUUCAGAGUUUACUAAAGAUGGCUGUUCAGCCUCCACACAGUCCAAGGGGAAUGAGCCUGUUACCACAAAAUAUAGGUCGGGCAGCCCUCUGAUGACAGCAGACGAUGCCCAGUUGGAUCCAAGUGCCACUGUGACUACAGCCUAA